GUUGCGCCACCGACACCAGCCCAACUAGACGAUCUCUCUGAGGCGGUGCAACAAAAUCCGUCGACCGCAAAGGAAAAACCAUCUUCCCGGGAAUCUCAGCUUCUCCUCGACAGAUCUUCCAAAUCCAAUCCAGUCCAAAAUGCGCGAAAUUGUGCAUUUGCAGGCGGGUCAGUGCGGGAACCAGAUCGGAGCCAAGUUCUGGGAGGUGAUCAGUGAUGAGCACGGUAUUGAUCCCACCGGUACCUACCAUGGAGACAGCGACCUGCAGCUAGACAGGAUCAGCGUCUAUUACAAUGAAGCUACAGGUGGAAAGUAUGUUCCCCGUGCCAUCCUGGUGGAUCUGGAGCCCGGCACCAUGGAUUCAGUCCGGUCUGGACCCUUUGGGCAGAUCUUCAGACCCGAUAACUUCGUCUUUGGUCAGAGUGGAGCCGGAAACAACUGGGCCAAGGGCCACUACACCGAGGGAGCUGAGCUGGUGGACUCAGUCCUGGAUGUCGUGAGGAAAGAGGCCGAGAGCUGCGACUGCCUCCAGGGCUUCCAGCUGACUCACUCCCUGGGAGGCGGUACUGGCUCUGGCAUGGGCACCCUGCUCAUCAGCAAAAUCCGCGAGGAGUACCCCGACCGCAUCAUGAACACCUUCAGCGUGGUGCCUUCCCCCAAGGUGUCCGACACUGUGGUGGAGCCCUACAACGCCACCCUCUCCGUCCACCAGCUGGUCGAGAACACAGACGAGACCUACUGCAUCGACAACGAAGCGCUCUACGACAUCUGCUUCCGCACGCUCAAACUCACCACGCCCACUUACGGAGAUCUCAACCAUUUGGUGUCCGCCACCAUGAGCGGGGUGACCACCUGUCUGCGAUUCCCCGGCCAGCUCAACGCUGACCUCCGUAAACUAGCCGUCAACAUGGUGCCCUUCCCCCGCCUGCACUUCUUCAUGCCCGGCUUCGCCCCGCUCACCAGCAGGGGCAGCCAGCAGUACCGCGCCCUGUCUGUGCCCGAGCUCACCCAGCAGAUGUUUGACGCCAAGAACAUGAUGGCCGCCUGCGACCCACGCCACGGCCGCUACCUCACCGUGGCCGCAGUGUUCAGGGGCCGCAUGUCCAUGAAGGAGGUGGAUGAGCAGAUGCUGAAUGUUCAGAACAAGAACAGCAGCUACUUCGUCGAAUGGAUCCCCAACAACGUGAAGACCGCCGUCUGUGACAUCCCACCUCGUGGCCUUAAAAUGGCCGCUACUUUCAUCGGCAACAGCACGGCCAUCCAGGAGCUGUUCAAGCGCAUCUCCGAGCAGUUCACCGCCAUGUUCCGCCGCAAGGCCUUCCUCCACUGGUACACCGGCGAGGGCAUGGAUGAGAUGGAGUUCACCGAGGCCGAAAGCAACAUGAACGACCUGGUGUCCGAGUACCAGCAGUACCAGGACGCCACCGCUGAGGAGGGCGAGUUCGAGGAAGAGGGAGAGGAGGAAGUCGCCUAAAAACCUCCACCCACUCAGCUGCCAAACAUCAUUUCCACCCCACCCAUCCCCCGACUCCACCCUCUCAUUUUGAAUCCCUCUCCAUUCUGAAUUGAAAGUUCAGUUCUAGAUCUGUGUUGCUCGAGUGUUAGACGCCAAUGUUAACUGAUACUAGUGACGUUUUUGGGUUAAAAUGUUUUUUGUAUGUCGUGAACGCACUGAAUUAUUUGCGUCCUUUCAUCUGUCCUGCCAUCGCCCCUGCAGAAGCGAUUUCAACUGUGAAGCCUUGACGUUGUAGGAUGGUAAAAAAUCUGAAUAAAAGGCCGUUUCUACUGCG